AUGACAACAGAGAAGAAAGUCACCAAGGAGACGUGGAUGUUCCAGAUAAAACAGCACAGCAAUCUGAUGCCUGUACUUAACUAUGCAGUUUUUAAGGCAUCACUGAAAGAGUUGAUAUUCACAGUGAUCAACCUGAGACAUUCCCAGAAUGCAUACACAGCCACAGCUAUCAACAGCACCAACUUCUGCACCUCAGCAAAGGAUGCCUUUGUUAUUCUGGUGGAGAAUGCUUUGCGAGUGGCUGCCAUCAACACAGUGGGGGAUUUCAUGUUAUUCCUAGGCAAGGUGCUGAUAGUCUGCAGCACUGGCCUGGCUGGGAUUAUGCUGCUCAACUACCAGCAGGAUUACACAGUAUGGGUGCUGCCUCUGAUCAUCGUCUGCCUCUUUGCUUUCCUAGUCGCUCAUUGCUUUCUGUCCAUUUACGAAAUGGUAGUGGAUGUAUUAUUCUUGUGUUUUGCCAUUGAUACAAAAUACAAUGAUGGGAGCCCUGGCAGAGAAUUCUAUAUGGAUAAAGUGCUGAUGGAGUUUGUGGAAAACAGUAGGAAAGCAAUGAAAGAAGCUGGUAAGGGAGGCGUUGCUGAUGCCAGAGAGCUAAAACCGAUGGCUUCGGGAGCAAGUUCUGCUUGAACCUAGCCGACGGUUAUGGAACCCAUUGACAUUCCAAAACAAUAUAUACACAUAACUAUGUAUUUGUAUGUGUGGGUGUGUGUAUAUAUGUAUAUGUUUGUGUGUAUAUAUAUGUAUAUAUACACACACACACAUAAUCAGCCAAAAUCAGAGAAAAGGAACAGGGAUUUAAUACCUUUUUUAUGCUUAUUUUUGUCAAACAUGUACUCCUUUCAUACGGGUGGCUUUUACAAGGCAACUUCCGUCAUCUGAUGUUUUCAAUUGUAAUUGUCUUAAUGGAAAUGUUAAGAUUCAUAUCUGAUUAACAUUUUUAAUAACUUAAAGAUUUUAACUUUAGUUGUUUAAAUUAGGUAAAAUUAUUGUACCAAAUUCUCUGUCUAAAGUUUAUUCAGGGGUGAUUUCCCUGUUGUGUGUAUAGAAUCAAGAUCUUAUUUUAUGGAUGCAUAAGUCCUAGUGGAUCAAGACUAGGCAUAUGCUCUCAGAUAAAUAAGGAAUUACUCCAGUCAAUUUCCCCCAAUCAAAGAAGCCAUGUCAUUUUACUUUUAGAAACAUACAAGUGGGCCCGAUGUGGGGAUUUUCGUAAGAGCUCAUACAUUUGUCAGCCAACAUUAUAAAGUAACCAACUCCUCAGGUAUUUGUAGUUUACCCUAAAGCUUCUAUAAAAGAAAGUAGGUAAAAAAGAAAAGGGUAGAUAAUCUUUCUUAUGCAAACUUUUUUCUUAUAUUCUGUGUGUGUGCGUGUGUGUUUUUUUUCCUUUUUGACUUUAGUAGCAUCUACCACACAUUUGUGUGCCUGAUUUGAAAGGAAGCUGGGGUACCCAGCAAGUUUAGCCUUUAAGUUUCUCUGUAUUGAUUUGCUGAUUAAGUAAUGCUGGGAGGAAUAAAAAAGGGACAGAAACAUGGAACAUAAAGCUUUGAUGAUUAAUUUUGGUGCUUGGGCUUCUGCUUCAGAGGAACGUCAGUGGCUUAAGGUUAAAUGGCCAUUUUAUUCAAAUGCUUGCUAUAAAAUCUGAAAACACACUGGCAGGUGCUCCUCUCCUUGGCAAUUCAUUGAAUAUCCAGAGUUCUACAAUAUUCAACUGAAGAAUUGGUUAAUGUUUUGAUCCUGAAGUGUGAACAUUCUUUUUGUUUGGGGGUGGGUUUGGGGCUUUUUGGGUUUUUUUUAUUCCUGAAGCUUACCAGAUAUGAAUGGCUAAUAUUCCAUUGUUCUGCUUAUUGUAAUGGUGAAUGCUUUAAGAAAAAAAGUGUAAUUUGCUAAGAAUAAUUCAUGAUCUGUUUAUGCGAUAACUCCUUUUUGUUACAAUUUUUUUAAAAAAAGCUAUUUUUGUUAAUGUAAAGUAAAUAUUUCAGAGCAGAUUUUUUAAACUUAUUGCACUAAAUACAGGCUCUGUACAAAAAAAAAAAAAAAAAAAAAAAGCCUCAGCAUUUUAUCAUUCCAUGGGAGGAGAAUCUUUUGAAAGAAAGCAUUGCCUCCUACCAGAAUUGACAGUGAAUUAGACCGGUAUUAUGGAAAUGCAUACAAUUAAUGUCACUAGGGCUUAAUAAGCAGCUGUUUGCUAAUGUGCUUCCUUUCAAAGGGUUGGACCUUUAUAUUGCUGCAAAAGGUAAAUUGUAUUUUUUUUUAAGUAUCAGUAUCGGUGUUCUUUAGCUAGGCUAAAAUUUGCUUAAUGCCUUGGUUUCUUUUCAAAGCUCAUGUAAUAUUUCUGAUUUUUCAGAAUAUUUGCAAUAAGAGUCUGGAUUUUUUAAAAAACACAAUUAAGAGCUCAUGUUAUAGCAAGAUCUAGGAAACCAACAUUGUGAAAGUUUGAAACAAUAAUUCUCCAGAAGUUAACAUCUAACAUCUAGUGUAGCCAAACAGUAUCACUGUACUCUUUUAUAUCAUUUGGAAUGGGAUAAAUAUAAUUAUGUAACUAACAAUUGUCCAAAUAGGUGAGAGAGCAAAUCAUGUAAGACAAUUCUGAAUACUAUCUAUUUCAUGGCCACACAGAUUUUGGACAUUCAGAAACAUUAAGAACUAAAUUUAGAAUUGGCAAAAGUCUGGAAGAUGGGUAUCAAAACAGAAGACAUUCCAGGAGCUAGCCAUUUUAGGAGGUGUCCCUCCAAAGUGACCUGAUGGAAAUCUUGAACUUGGAAAUUAGGUUCUACUCACUUGGACAUCUCUGCAUCAUGGACUCUUGCUGCUCCCUGUUCCAUAUGCUCGCAAUCUCAGCUAUUUGGAAGUCACCAGGAAUGCUUUCUAAUUAUCAUUUGCAACUAGAACUGUAAUUGGAAAGAAAUUUUGUAUUUUUGUAUAACUUGAUUGUGUGCCAUUUUAUAUAACAGGUCCUGUUUUACAAAUAAAUUUUGUUUUACUAACAUUGUGUUUAGAAAUUAUGCUCUAUGUGUAACCAUGUCAUUUGAGUUCAGAUUAAUUGCCACGCUGUUUUUCCCUAAGUAAAUUUGUGUGCCAUGUAGAUAUAUGCAAACAUGCAUAUAUAUUACACAGGCAUACACAAGAAGUUAUAUGAUAUAUGGAGUAUCACUCUCAUAUGAGCUUCAUUCCUUGAUUAAUUUGAUAAAGCUUCACAGAGGCUUUUUAGCAACCUUUAAUUGUUUUGAGAUUAUGUUUGGAUGUUCCUGCUGCCUCUUUCACUCAUUGCAAGUCAUUCUUCAGCUAGCUACGGGCUGCCUUAUUGCUAUUCACUCGCUGCUUCCAUCUUCUGCCCAAGUGAGAAGAAUAGAUGAAGAACAAAAAUUAUCUGUGAAAUGUGGAUACCUGAAUAAUUUUAUAAACCAUUGAUUCUA